UAUACCUCACGCGUUCUUUUAAAAGCAGACGUCAUCUCAGGGUAAGAAUCACAGCUCUCCAGAAUUUCGACUGACUUUUGUUACAAAUCCAGCUGUAUUUCCAAACUUGUUAAUUUUCUUUAAAGAAGUAUUAUUUUGAAUUAUGUCUGACUUUACAGGAAGAUCUGCAGCUAUAAGUUCUCAGGUUCUAUCCACGUUGUUCGAUCGGGCAGUCUCAGAAGAUCCAAACAUUGUCUUAGAGUCGGAAUUUAUAAGCGAUCUUGCCAAUACUCAGGAGACAUACCAGAACCACACAGGAUUAAACAAUACAAUUGAUAACCGGGAGAAUCCUAGGAAGAACCGCUUGUCAUUGAAUAAAAAAAGAACUGACUCUGAAGCUAUCAGAUCAUCACAGCUGGUGAAUGCGGCUCUGACACCAUCCGGUUCUGUUCAGACAGGAGUACACAGCAUAACCCGUGAUGAAGACGUAAUUCUCAUCUCGUCUGAAUCGGAAGACGAACCUGUGGCAGACCUGCCUUCAGGGCAGAGAUUUGAUUUCAUCUCCGUCACGCCUCCUCCCACACCACGGCAGGCUGCCAGGGCAAGGCCAGACAUCGAACAGAGAGCAGAACCUGAACCUGAACCAGAACCUGAAGCGGAUCCGGAACUAGAACCUGAAGCGGAACCGGAACCAGAUCCUGAAGCGGAACCGGAAGCGCUACCUGAGAGGCCUACUAAUUCUCUCCAGCCAUCUUCUGGACCCAGGGGCUGGGAGAGGAAGAGGAGAGCACAUAAUCUCCAAUUCAGAACCGUUUUAUUAGAUGGAAUGAUUACAGAAUCUUUCAUGCUGCUGGACAGACCUCCUACGGACAGAGGACGACGACGACGACAAGCUCUGGCUCGCAACCGAGAACAAGUUAAAAUCCUGCUACAAGCCAGCAGAACAGUGUUGCAUAAUCUUUCCUCCGAUGCAAAGGUGAUUGUGAAAUGAAUCAUGUAUGAUUUGUCUCUUAUAACUCAGUAAAGAAUGGAACACCAACAAGCUAGAGUUGAAUCAUCUCAAUCAGAUUAUUCUCAACAAAUAGCUGACAAUAUCCAAACUCUGCAAACACUUGCAUUAGCAUUGAAUACAGGGGGAAAUGACUUUUCACAGAGCCCUGCUCUUAGCCCUGCUAGAUCAUCAAUCUCUGAUAUUUUAAACGCAUCUGAAGUCUCAGACUAUUUCAGACAAAUUAAUGAUGCAGUCCGCGGUUUAAAUGACUACAUAUCUCCGCAAAACUCACCCAAUGGUUCACCGGCUACCUCAUUUGCGUUGGAUGAAACUUUUCAAAAUACAGAAUCUCAAUCAGAUUAUUCCCAACAAAUUAUUAAUUCCAUCCAGAUUCUACAAACAAUCGCUUCAGCUUUGAAUACCGGUGAAAAUAACUUUUCACAGAGCCCUGCUCUUAGCCCUGCUAGAUCACCAAUCUCUGAUAUUUUAAACGCAUCUGAAGUCUCAGACUAUUUCAGACAAAUUGACGAUGCAGUCCGCGGUUUAAAUAACUGUAUAUCUCCGCAAAACUCGCCCGUUGGUUCAUCGGCUACUUCGUCUAGCAUUUCAUUAGAUGAAGGUUUUCAAAAUACUGAAUCUAUGUCACCAUCUGAAACAGUUUCUGCAGCAGAUGAUCAAGCACAGCAGCAACAGCAGCGAGGAGGUAAUCUAGAUCAAAAUCAGAGAAUUGAACGUCAGCGUUUCAAUAACAUUGAAAUAAGGAGAUCGUUAUCAAUCGCGCCUCCAACCCAAACUGUACCUGACAUCGCUGAAUUCUACACCGCAGUUAUGAAUGUUUUAACUGAUCUGGCUAAUACUGCAAGAUCAAUAGCUGAUCGUAAUGACGUUGUACAGUUAGAAUUAGUGUGGGGUAAUAUUUCUCAUCACAUAAAUAUCUCCGUUACUGAUAACGACGCAAUCCUGCCUGCAUUUGAGGAAUUUUUAGAUGAGCUGGUUCAAUCUAAUGCAGAGCUGCCCUCAGAAAGUAAUUUGGAGCUGAUUCUCCAGAUAGUCGGGAAUCCUACAGGAGGUUCAAAACGUAAGGCUGAAAGAACAUUGGAAUGUGAAUUGAUUAAUAAGAAGAGGCGUCACCUGUAUAUUGUAGAAAAUACAGGAAAUAAAUUGUGUUUUGCUACCAGCCUUGCACAUGUAGCUCACCCUGAAUUUACAGAUAAACAAGCUCUUGAACAGGGAAGAAAGUGGCAGCAUCAGGCAGGUCUAACUGAUCAGACAGCGGUUACAUUCAGCGACGUCGCAAAGUUUGAAAACAUUCUACAAAGAAAAAUUGUAGUGUUUCAUCGAACCUCAAAAGAUAGGGCUUUAUCUAAAUUUGAAACAGAUUUCCAAAAUCGUUCAAAUCCCUGCUUUCUCCUCCUCCAUAAUAAUCACUUCUAUGGCAUUAGGAAUCUUGCAGGUUUUACCGGGUCGAGAUAUAUUUGCAAAUUUUGUUACGGCGGUCAUAAUAAUUCUAACACCCAUCAUUGCCAAGGUUACUGUGGUGUCUGCUGUGGCUACAGCUGCAGACAAUUGCAGUACAACCCAGUACACUGCGAUGACUGUAACAGAAUAUGUCGAAACUCUACAUGCUUCGAUAGGCACAAAGAACCUCGCAACAGACCUCAUGCUGAAAUGCGUGUAAGCGAUUGCGAGACGAUCAAAUUUUGUUCUACGUGUAAAAGGUUGUAUCGCGUUCCUAUGAACAAAGAGAAAACUUUACACAUUUGCGAAUCAAAAUGUGUCAUUUGCGGUGAAAAAAAUCUACCUCCUGGUACAGAUGUAACUCUUAACGAUCAUCAAUGCUACAUUCAAACCAGUACUAUUGAUGACAAACUUCAUGACAAACUAGUGUUUUACGAUUUUGAAACAUUUGUCGAUCAGAGCGGCGUACAUAAACCCUUUCUAGUCUGUUCAAAAACUGUUAAAGGUGUUGAAUGGCACGCUUAUGGCCUGGAUUGUGCACAGCAAUUCCUUCUUCAUUUCCGAAGACCAAUGUUUAAGGGACACACCUUCAUCGCACAUAAUGCACGUGGGUUUGAUAGUUAUUUAUUGCUUAACUCUAUGGUGCAGUUAGGUAUCAAGCCUUUUCUAAUCAUGCAAGGAGGAAAAGUUCUUUGUUUUACAGACCCCGAUUACAAAUUGAAAUUUAUUGAUAGCCUGUCAUUUCUGACUAUGAAACUGAGUGCCAUGCCGAAAGCACUGGGCUUCCAUGACCGCUCGAAAGGAUAUUUUCCCCACGAAUUUUCCGCUGAAGAGCAUCUCAAGUAUGUGGGUGUGUUUCCUCCUUUAGAUUCGUACGGCGUCAAACUUAUGAAUCCUGAUGAGAGGCAGAAAAUUACUGACUGGUACGGUGAAGCAUCCAAAGGCAUUUUUGACUUUGAGAAAGAAUCCCUGCAUUAUUGCAAAAAUGAUGUGGACAUUCUUUUUCAAGGUUGUGUUAAAUUCAGAGAGGAGUUUUUUAAGGAGACAAAUGUGGAUCCCUUUAAGAACAUCACAAUUGCUUCUGCAUGCAUGCAGGUUUUUGUGACCAAUUUUCUUCCGGAGAAAUCCUUGGCGAUCCCAUCCGCUGUAGAUUACAGGCGUGGGUCCAAAACUUUCUCCAAUGCUUCAAUUCAGUGGCUAGAGUGGAAGAUGGACAGUGAGAACUUACAUAUUGAGCACGCGCUAAACUCGGGCGAACGCAAAAUCGGACCCUAUUUUGUCGACGGAUUCGCAGUAAUCUCAGGUUUAGCCACCAUAUUCUCUUUCAACGGGUGUCUUUACCAUGCCUGCCCUCGGUGUUUCAAGCAGACUGAAGUGUGUCCUUUGAGAAAAGUACCGUUUGAACAAAUUUAUGCAGCUACGGUUGAAAGAUCUAAGAUUCUGCAAGCCGUUUAUGGUGUUCGAGUCGAGACUGUGUGGGAACAUGAGUGGGAUGAAAUGAAAAAGUCUGAUCCAGGGGUAAUCAGAUUCCUGGAAAAAUUUGAUGCGCCAGAACCUUUGGUCCCUCGGAACGCUCUGUACGGAGGUCGAACUUGUGCUCUAAAGCUCAGGUUCACAGCUGGACCGGGUGAGUCUGUGCAUUAUGUGGACUUCACAUCUCUCUACCCUUAUGUAAAUGCUACGUGUGAAUAUCCGCUAGGUCACCCCACCCUCAUUUACAAAGAUUUCGAUGAUCCAGUCAACUAUUUUGGUUUUAUCAGAGCUACCGUUUAUCCUCCACGAGGCCUGUUUUUUCCAGUUCUACCCUACAAGACAUCUAGGGGUAAGCUAGUUUUCACUCUUUGCCGCACAUGUGCAGAUAUUAACAAUCAAUCGGGGAUCUGCACCCAUGAGGACGAGGCUCGAUCUCUGACAGGUGUUUGGGUGAGUGCGGAGUUUCAAAAAGCAUUGCAAUGCGGUUAUCGUCUUGGAAAAAUCACUGAGGUCUGGCAUUUUGAGAGAAGCAGUAGCUCGAUCUUUAAAGGCUACAUUCACACCUUUUUGAAGGGGAAACAGGAAGCCAGCGGUUAUCCCCCUGAAGCGAUGGAUCAGGAGAGCAGGUUGAAAUAUGUGAGAGAUUAUCAAAUUAAUCAAGGUAUUCAACUAGAUGCUGGGAAAAUUGAGGUGAACCCUGCUAAAAGACAAGUAGCUAAACUGUGUCUCAAUAGCUUCUGGGGAAAGUUUGCGCAAAGAAAUGAUCUCUCUCAGACCAGCUUUGUAAGUGAUCCUGAUGAAUAUUUCAAUUUUUUUUUCUCAGGUAAAUACGUGGUGAAGUACUUUCACUUUAUCAACCCUGAAACCUGUCUGAUCCAGUGGAAUUACAGCAAACGUUGCAUCAUUCGUCCUAACAAAUCAAAUAAUAUUUUCAUCGCAGCAUUUACCACAGCUUAUGCUCGUUUAAAACUUUUCAGCUGUCUGGAGCGAGUGCAGGAUAAGAUUCUCUACAUAGACACAGACAGCCUGAUCUAUGUGGUAAAAGAUGGUGAGAGUCCUCUAGAACUGGGAAAUUAUCUCGGUGAUUUAACCGACGAAUUAGGAGGUGACACCAUUCAGGAAUUUGUAGCAGCGGGGCCUAAAAGUUAUGCUUACCAGACAAAAAAUCAAAAGAAAGUGGUGAUCCGGGUGAAAGGCAUCACUCAAACUUAUGAGUGCAGCGAGAGAGUCAAUUUUGACAGCAUCAGAGAGCUGGUGGGAGGGUACUUAGAGGGGUCCCGACACGGUGUUAUCAAAACACCGCAACACACCAUAAAACGCGAUAAAAAAGGGUUCGUUUUAAGAAACGCGACAUUUCUUAAAAGGUUUCAGGUUGUGUAUGACAAACGCAGGCUUUUUCCUGAUGGUUCAACUCUACCUUUUGGUUAUUAGAGUUUAAGAGACAAGGAAAAAAUAAAAAAAUAAAAAUGCCUUAUUCCAACGAUGUUCAAGAGGUAUACUUUGACCCUAGGUUCAAUUCACCUUUCUCAUGUAUGAUCGUGGGGGCAAGUGGCUGUGGAAAAUCAUACUUUGUAGGGAAAAUGUUGCAAAAUCUUGAGCAUGUCAUGAAUGUUGUACCGGACAAUAUUGUUUGGAUUUUUACUUCUUUUCAACCAUUAUAUGCUGAAUUGCAAAAACUGAAUAAAAAUAUUAAA